CUGCCUGCGGGGCGCUGAGGGGGAGGAGGCGAGGGCAGGGCGGCUGCGGAGCGCGCCGCUGCUCAGGGCCUAACGGCUCCGCGGGGCCGGCGGGCAGCGCCGCGCUGCUCGGGCUCGGGAGCCGCCGGGCGGAGCGGGCGGGAGCGGCGCUUCCGAGGCGGGAUCCGGGUCCGCCGCCCGCCGGGAGCCGCCCGUCGCCGUGUGCCGGGAGCUGCGCGCAGCGGGAGGGAAAACAAAAUGAAGGAACUAACGUCAAACAGUACAACCAAUAUAUCUCAAGCCAGGAAAGCUGUGGAGCAACUGAAAAUGGAAGCAUACAUGGAUAGGAUGAAGGUAUCCAAGGCUGCAGCAGACUUACUGGCAUACUGUGAUGCUCAUAUUGGAGAAGAUCCCCUUAUCAUUCCAGUGCCUGCAUCUGAAAAUCCCUUCAGGGAGAAGAAACUCUUCUGCACCAUCCUUUGAGUCAGUUUUCCACUAAAAAUAUGUUAAAAUUUGGUAUCAGUGAUGCAUGCUUUUGGAUUUAGCACACUUUCCUCAGAUAUCAAUAUUUAACAGUGUUUUUAGAAGGUAGUGCAUUUCCUGUUAAUAAAUAAAUAAAAUAAAAAUCCUAAAAAAAAAAAAAAUCAAGGUAAUCCUUAUUUUUCAGCCCAAUGCACAGGUUUCAUUUCAGUUUUCAUAAGGGUUCCAUGGUUCUUAAUGGAAGUAUGUAGUACAGUAUCGAGUUGUAGAUACCGUUGCCAGUCAUAGAUUUUUCUGAGACCUAAAUGAGUCAUACCGACUCUGAAGCUAUUUUUAACAUUCUUAUUUUCUUCAGAAGGUGAAUUUAAUUCAUUUGCCUUUACCAAUUUUUUAGAUAAAAAGAGUGGUGUGAUCUUUCCACACAAAUAACUACUAAGGAAAAAUGCCGAUGAUCUACAAUGUUUGGAAUGGUUGGUCUUAUAUAGUAAGUGAUGUUUAUAAAUAUGUUUUAUGAAGGCUGUAAUAAACUUGGCUACAAAAACAAUGUCAGUAAGGAAGUACUGUAACUACAGGUAAAACGAAGAUGUAUAGUUAUAUACUACAACUGCAUCAAUAAAACUUUGGGGAAACA